CCUGGUCUGCCGAUCAGAAGUCACCUCAAUAGGUGAUAGUCUUCCGAACACCUCACAAGCAGGCAGCCUAGCAAUGGGUGUCGAACUUCUGUAGUCUACACGGAUCCGGAAACGACCCAGAAAGAUGGGACUACGCCUAUCAAAAGAAGCUCAGUUCUCCCUAAUGGGAACUGUUAACUUCGUGCUGGUACCAGUCUACCUUGCAGUGGCCCUGCAUCGGUCAUGGAUGGGUGGUUUUAACGUACCGGCACCCUUGUUCUUCAACAGCUUUGCAGCUGAGGGUGCAUGUGUUUUCUUUGGUGUAGCCCUCGGCUUCAUGUGUCGAGGGAUUGCCAAGAAGAAGCCGAGUAACUACCUAUCAUAUCGUGCCAUACUGAUGCGAUAUCUCCGGUGGAAAAUGACCGAACGAGUGGUCGCUAGGACGCACAGGGGCUUCGUCGCAGCAUCUAAAGAUCCCGCAAAAACCCAGGCGGAUUGGUUGCUGAAGUUUCUGGCUGAUAGAAAAGACACCGUUAUUGGCAGAGACUGGGGUUUUGACUCAAUAAAGUCCGUUGAAGUCUACCAGAGCAAGAUACCUGUAACACGGUACGAUUCCUACAAGGACUACAUGGAGCGUGUCGCAAAGGGUGAGGCGAAUGUCGUGAAUAAAGGAAAGCCUUCUUACAUCGUUCUUACGUCCGGAACCACAGGCAAUAACAAGAAAUUCUGGCUUGACAAAGCGGUACUUUGGAAUAUCAUUGAAUCGAUUUACAUCAUACCACUUCCGUUUAAAAUAGUGAAGUUCCCAAGCGUGGUACAUUUGCGAGAGCCAUUUGUGUGCACAAUUCUCCCGAAUAUGAUGAAAAGUGAAUCUGGAUGCCGAAUGGGGCCACUUUCGUGUUGUGUGAUCGAGAAUACCGUAUCGACCACACCGAUUGACGCAAUACUUGGAAUAAAGGACGAGAAAGUCAUUAUGUACAUCCAUGCUGUUUUUGGCCUGCUGCACGACGAUACGGAAUCUAUCGUCUUCAAUUUCGUUUCCUCGGCGCGAAGUUUCUUCGUCACAUUGAAAACCAGCUGGAAGGAUAUUGUGGAGGACAUCAGGACAGGUCACCUGAAUCCGUCUCUUGAAAUCUCCGCUGAGCUCCGGCACACAUUGGAAGGGAAAAUAUGGUCAAAUCCAAAACGUGCUGCUGAAUUGGCUCAAGAAUUCGAAAGAGGGUUUGAGGACAUCAUUCCGAGGAUUUGGAAGGAAGCUUCCACGGUAACGUUGCUUAGUUCCGGGAGUUUACAGGCGCCGUCUCUCACGCUGCAGCGGAGGUACUUCCCGAGUGUCCCGGUCCUCUCAGCGAUGCACCUUGCAUCUGAGGGUUGCUACGGGGUCUGCCUUGAUAAUGGGUCGAUUCUUUCCACAUAUUAUACUCUGCUCCCUUUGGGGUGCUUCUACGAGUUCAUACCUCUUGCAGAUAUUGAAAACGAUCAACCACAGACCAAGUUAAUCGAAGAGCUUGAGCUGAAUGAGCAGUAUGAGCUGUGUGUGACCACCGACCGAGGCCUGUGUCGCUAUCGUGCCGGGGACAUCAUCAAAGUAGUGUCCUACUUCAACAAGAUACCCCAAUACGAGUUCAUCGGCAGACAUGGCGUCAUCCUUGAUAUCUGUAGCGAGAAGACUAGCGAAGUGGCCUUGACCUCGGCCUUGCAGCAAACCAUGUCCAAGCUGCGUGACUUUACCAUAGUCGAAUUUACUAGUGCUGAGAGUAGCAUGUUGGAGACAGAAGUGGAAACGGCUGGCAGUGAUAGGCAUUACAUCCUGUUUGUGGAGCUCGAGUCCAAAUUAUCAGACGAGGUGGAAAGUCUCACAGAGGAACAAAAGGACAUGUUCGACGAAGACUUACAAGACUUCAACGAGUAUUACAAAGGUCUCAGGUGUCAAGGUCGAAUACAGAAGAUGAAGGUCGUCCAAAUGAAACCCGGUUCAUUCGCCUCGCUGAAGAUCCUGACCCUUGCGAUGAACCCCAAGGCAAGCAGCGCCCAGUUCAAGAACCCUCGUGUACUGAGGACCGAGAAACAAUUAGAAUUAAUGACGAAUCCAGAAAAUGUUCUAUAAGAGUAAAAUUGGCGACAGAUGCAGUUUCCCCAUUCCCGGCCCAAUUCCCGGAAUCGCAUUACAGAGGCCAGAGGUCCAGUGAGGAUAACUAGUAUAUAUAAUGAAUAAUCAACAGACACUACUGUGAUUCAUUGGUACAUGGAUUCAUUUAUCAUCAACAAGGAUAUCAAAUCAACAUCAUGCAUUAACAGAACAGUCUAGCGCGUUGAUAGCAUUAAUGAGAUCAGUGGUAUAUUCUGUAGGAUGCCGAACGAUGGAUAUAUUCGCAGCAGAAUAUUUUCGUGAAUCAAGGUUAUUUUUUCUAAUGAAAUUUUAAUUGUCUUCUUUUACAUAGAGCUCUCAGAGAAUAGGCGCUGCAGUUUGGAUGGCUAUAUUAGAAUACUCCAAUCCACUGUCAACAGGUCUCAUUGUGUCGGGUAGUUAGGCCAAUAUAGCACACAAAGAUGGGUAUAUAUCACUAAUAAUUAGGCAAUAGUCAUUCAAGAGGUGUGGAAUUUGUGUUUGUUAGGGGUAAUCAUAUACGUGAAAAUUGGCAAGACUCCUCUUGAAAUUGAUAUUUAGAUGAGGUGUUUGUAAACCCCAUACCAAAAUGAUACUCAGCUGACCCAUACUUGUAAAGGGAAUAUAAAAUGAACUGUACAUGAACUUAUUGAGGGUAGUGUAUAUUUUAGGAGAUAUUAUGUGUAAAAUUUCAAGUCUUCAUUUUCUUUUGAACGAGGUGUACGAAUGCAAAAAAACAACAACACAGAGCAAACGGCUACGUGCGUAAACCUGUUUCGCGUCAAGUUGCGAAAACACCUUUUGCACGACCAUGCAUCGCCUCAAUAGAUAUACCUCGAUGUGACUUAUUAUGCAGACGUUUCAAAUGCUGUUUUUUAAAGGAAAACAAAUUCAAAUUCUGAAAUAACUCUCUUCUAAGCCUUGUUAUAGUCGUCUGAUAAACAUUCCCGAUUGUGGUCAUCUUGUUUAUUGAUUUCUUUGACAUUUUUGACAUCACACAUACGAAGUAUGGAAGGUAGAUAUAUGCUUCCCGUUAUUAUCUCCUGUCACAAAGGCCGUCAAGGGAAAUAAUACAGUUUUUUUUCUUCGACUUGACAUAUAUAUUCUGCUUAAUUUAAAGCCAUUCACCGUCUGUGUGUGAUAAAUAGAAAGAUAUUAUCGCGAACGUGACCUACUAGCGAAAUUCGCGAAAAAAACCUACACGCGACAUUUUUCUGUGCUAGAGUAUUAUUACUGUAAAUUCUUGAAGCAGACAACGAAACAAUGUUGUUGUCUAAAUCGGUUACGACAACUGCAUGUAGCUCAGAAUGAGUGCAAGUUUUUAACAUGAUAUCUUUUGACAUGGAGUAGUUAUUACAUUAUGAAUUUAGUGACUUUUUGGGGCCACCCUGAAAUAUAUAAAAUGCAUAGGAUAUUCGAUAUUUAUCAAGUAAAUAAGUACAUUUUUUGUUUUCGAAGUCUGUGAAAAUCUCAUGUCGGACAGUGACAGAGUGGGAGUGAAACCAGUGCCGCCGAACCAUGAGAGUCGAGUGAAGGACGAAUAAAAUCGACAAUUGAAACUCAUUACUUUCCUGCGUCAUUUAGCAAAUACAAUCAGUGGUGCGCGAAAAAGUCAUCGUUUGAUUAUAUG